AUGGACGGCGACCCGCGCGUGAGCGCCCUACAAUGGGAGGUGACCAAAGAGGCCUCGGCGUCGCCCAAGACGUGGGCGGAGCUGGCCCGCACCACCGCUGCGGUCGCCGUGGUUGAUCCUGUGGAAAGGGCGAACGCGGUGACGCUAGUGUACGAGCGCGCCUUGCGAGCGUUUGCUUCCUCCUACAAGCUGUGGACGGCCUACAUUAGCUAUCGCCAGCAGGAGACCAGUAGGCUGUGUGGACUGAACGAGUGGUUCCAAGCGGUGCGCGAGGUGUACGAGCGGGCGUUGGCGGAGCUCCCGAAGAUGCCGAUGCUGUGGGUCAGCUACAUGGAGUUUGUCGUUGCCUCUGAAGUGCCGCGUGUGACAAUGACGCGGCACAUACUCGCGCGCGCCUUGGCCGCACUGCCAGCGACUCAGCAUCAUCAUCUCUGGAAAGUUGCAAAACGCUGGUGCGCUAUGCCCGUCGUGCCCAGUGCUACAGUGCGGGCUGUCUGGCGGCUUUAUCUGUCCUUCCAGCGCUCACUGCAUUCGAAACGGGAGUACUUUCAGGUGCUCGUGCAGAAGGGCGACUUCAAUGGGUUCCUGCACGAGUGCGUGCACCUGGGGCUGCCCAACAAGUCGAAUAAAGGCGCCGUCGAGGAGCGUGACCUGCUCUUGAGCGACAUGAGCUUUUGGGAGACGGUGCAGACGGCACUGCAGGGGAAGGGCUGGCGCUUCACAGGCGAUAUUGGUCCUCUGCGUGAGCUGGUCGCUCUCGGAAAGCGGCGGUGCGCCUCCCCGGUCGAGCUCUCAAUGGCCUUUGCCGUUUUCCUUUACGGCCAGGGGCACAUGCGAGAGGGUCGACAGGAGCUGCGCCAACUGCUGGACGAGGCACCGGAGGCCCAGACGCUGAUCUCGCUUUACCACCUUGCCGUGGAGGUGGAAGACCAACUCGUGGAAUCUUUCGCCGUGGACCCCGAUCUCAGACGCCUCGACGACGCCGCGUACAACGGUGUGGUGCAGCAUCUCUUCGGUGACGGCGACCCACUCAGCCACCUCGAGCGACUUGCGCGCGAGUUCCCACUGCUCCUCAACCAGUCGCAGCUGCGGAAUAGCCCGCACAAUGCGACACUGUGGCUGAAGCGUGUGGAGCUGGUGCAGGAGGACGUCUACGCAGGACGCUCCACCUUUGACGACCUCGUCGAUCUUUACCGCCAGGCUAUUCAGCAGUGCACUGCAGGUAUGUCGCGUGUGGACGGCGCGGCGGCGCAGCUGUUCUCUUCUUGUGCCCAGGCCCUUAUUCGUGGCGGCAAGCUGGACAGCGCCGUAUCGGUGCUCAGUGAGGGCGCGUGGUGCGUGCCAUUCACCAGUGCCGCGCUCAACGUGCAGCUCCUCGGUCUUCUUGUGGAGGUUCAGCUGAUGUCGGCUGCCUCGCCCUUGUCAGUGCGGGAUGCGCUCGCGGACAGACUGACCAGCGGUGCUCGCAGUGGCGCUUCAAAGCGCAGCCGAAACGGGCUUCUGCAGUCGAGUGCAGCCCUGCCCCACGUAGUGCACCACCCACACACGUGGAUCAUGUGGUGUGACGUUUGCGCUGCCUACGACUCAGCCAACGCGGCCGCUUGGCGCCGCCUUGUCGAGGCACUCGCCACCUCGCCCGCCUUCUCCGCGGAAGCCGCCUGCUACGUGGCUCACAAGGCCUACGUCUGUAGGCAAGAGUCCAUGGCAGUCAUAAUGCUGGAGAGGGCCGUUGCUGCCACGCGGCAGCAGCCUACCGCGCAGCUUUUUGUGCUGGAGCAGUACCUCUCCUUCCUGUACCUCCGCGACGGCCGACAGGUGCCGCUGCAUCAGUUCCGCGAAGUGUUCAGUCUUCUGCAGCAAGUGACCCCGGUUGCCAUACGCACUGCACCGUCUGCCGUCAUCGACCUGCACGUCAGCUGCGCUUACAUGGAGGCAGCGAUCGGCCUGUACGGGACAGCUGUCCGCAUGAUGCAGGAGAUUUCCCUAGUCGCUACUGCAGCGCUUCGUGGGCGUGAUGAGCACCUCCGUAUCCUGCAGGCCAUUCUUGAGCACUCUAUCACCUUCACGGAGCAGCGCAGGGGCUACGAUUCGGUGCGCACGUACUGCGGGGUUCUUGUUCAGCGCCUCCAGCACGCACUCCUGCUGCAGCGUGUGGCGCUUCACUGGGCCGCGAUCGAGAAGCGCUCUGGCAACACGGCACAGGCGCAUCUUAUCCUCGACGCGUGCGGCGACAGCCAGGAUCCGUCCACGGAGCAUGGCGAGGUAUACUGGCGACUGUGGGAGUCUCUCUGUACAAGUGUGGAGGAGUUCGAAAAGGUGGCUCGGCGACGCCAGCAGGCAUUGAUUCGCUUCAGCAAACGCGAGAAUGCGAAGGGGGCGGAGUAG